AUGUCUAGCGCCAGCUUCUUCCAGGUUCUUCGCCAGGCCGCUUCGGAGGCACUGCUUAAGGACGCGUCCGUGCUGAAGCCGGCUGUCGACAUCCUGAAGGCGCAGAAGACCACCUCGAUCUUCGCGGGCACUCAGCUGCAGCAACCAAACCUGUUUAUGGCCAUUGGUUGGGAUUCGGCUGAGGACCACGCGUCCUUCAAGUCUUCCUCCACCUACACCGACUUCCUCGCAGCGCUUAACCCCGCACUCGCGCCGAGUGCUGCCAAGCCCGAUACGCACCUGGUCCGCUUCGAGAAGGACCCCCUCGUGACGCUCAAAGCACCUUUCACCGAGUUCCUCUGGCUCGGACUCAAACAAGGCGCUAAGGCCGAAGAGUUAGCAGAGGCUGUUCACGGCGUCGAGAGUGUUGUGAACAAAGCGGUUGAAGAGGGCAUCUCGGUGGGCGGCUUUGGAGGGAAGUACGUCGAUUCAGGAGAUGUGUUGUUCUUUGGCGGCUGGACCAGUCCCGAGGUCGUGUCGGCGUAUGUCCACCGCCCUGAGAACUGGGCCCUUGUGUCGAAAGUCGGACCGCUGGCGAGCGUCGACCUUACAUUCUCCAAGUUGACCUCGUACAAGGAGUAA